CAUCUUGGGUCAUGGUUCUUUCUUUCUUUUGCCAAUUAAGUCUUUGAACUCAGCUGAUCCAUAGCUACGAGGGAUUCAGAGCACAGCAAGAUACAGCAAAGAUGGUCUUCCUUCUCUUGGGGUGGAAUCGCAGAGUCUUUGUACUCUCUCUCCUUCUGAAAACAACCAUCUCCUUAAAUCCAGAUGACCCAAACGUUUGCAGCCACUGGGAAAGCUACGCCGUGACUGUUCAGGAAUCGUACGCACAUCCCUUUGAUCAGAUCUAUUAUACAAGAUGCACAGAUAUUCUGAACUGGUUCAAGUGUACUCGACACAGAAUCAGUUAUAAAACAGCCUAUCGGAGGGGACUGCGGACGAUGUAUCGGCGGCGGUCCCAGUGCUGUCCAGGAUAUUACGAAAGUGGGGACUUCUGCAUCCCUCUCUGCACUGAAGAAUGUGUCCACGGACGGUGUGUUUCUCCUGACACUUGUCACUGCGAACCAGGAUGGGGAGGGCCAGACUGUUCCAGUGGUUGUGAUCAGGACCACUGGGGCCCUCAUUGCAGCAACCCUUGCCAGUGCCGGAAUGGAGCUCUUUGUAACCCCAUCACUGGCGCCUGUGUGUGCGCACCAGGAUACAAAGGAUGGCGCUGUGAGGACUUGUGUGAGCCAGGAAGUUAUGGGAAAGGCUGCCUGCUCAAGUGUCAGUGUCACAAUGGGGCAACCUGUGACCACAAUACAGGAGAAUGUCAUUGUGCACCUGGGUACACUGGAGUUUUUUGUGAAGAGCCUUGUCCUCCAGGCAGUCACGGAGCCCAAUGCGAACAACGAUGUCCAUGCCAAAAUGGAGGAACCUGUCACCACAUCACUGGAGAAUGCACCUGUCCCCCAGGAUGGAUGGGUUUUGUGUGUGCACAACCUUGCCCAUCAGGGACAUAUGGGGUUAACUGCAGCCAAGAGUGCCCAUGUCAUAAUGGAGGACAAUGUGAUCAUGUGACAGGGGUGUGCCUGUGUACUGCAGGGUAUAUGGGAGACAGGUGUCAAGAGGAGUGCCCGGUGGGGACGUUUGGCUUCCAGUGUGUGCAGAAGUGCGAUUGCGAGAACAGGGCCAAGUGCUACCACAUCAACGGAGCGUGCCUGUGUGACCCAGGCUUCAAGGGGAUCCAUUGCCAGGAGCGGAUUUGCCCGGAGGGAUACUAUGGACUGAAAUGCAACAAACGGUGUCCGUGUCAUGCUGCAAACACAGUCAGUUGCCAUCCUCUGUCUGGUGAAUGCAACUGUAAAGCUGGUUGGGCAGGGCUCUAUUGCAACGAAACGUGCGCUCCGGGGUUCUACGGGGAAAGUUGUCACCUUGUUUGCCACUGUCAAAAUGGAGCAGAUUGUGACAGCAUCACGGGAAAGUGCACCUGUGCACCAGGAUAUAUGGGAGAAAUCUGCUCUGUUACAUGUCCUCCUGGGAGCUACGGAGUCAAUUGCUCCUUGGCCUGCAACUGCAAAAAUGACGGCACGUGUUCCCCUGGAGAUGGUUCCUGCUCCUGCAAAGAAGGGUGGCAGGGAACUGACUGUUCCAUUCCAUGCCCGAGCAACAUGUGGGGUCUUAACUGCAACCAGACGUGUUAUUGUGCCAAUGGAGCUGCCUGUGACCCCGUGGAUGGAUCUUGUCUUUGUGGUCCUGGGUGGCAAGGGGAAAUCUGUGACCAGCCCUGCCCUGAUGGGACAUAUGGCCUGAACUGCAGUGAACACUGUGAUUGUAACCACGCAGAUGGGUGUGAUCCUUUGACAGGCUACUGCUGCUGCCUUGCUGGUUGGACAGGCAUCCACUGCGACAGCAUGUGCACGCAAGGCCGUUGGGGGCCGAACUGCUCCAUCGCCUGUAACUGUGAAAAUGGAGGAUCCUGCUCUCCAGAAGAUGGAAUCUGUGAGUGCGCUCCGGGCUAUCGAGGACCCAUGUGCCAGAGAAUCUGUCCCCCUGGUUUCUAUGGGCUUCACUGCAGCCAGCCCUGUCCCCAGUGUCUUCACAGCACAAUGCCUUGCCAUCAUAUCACGGGGCAAUGUGAUUGCCUACCAGGGUUUUUCGGCCCACUCUGCAACCAAGUGUGCCCAAGUGGAAGAUAUGGAAAAGACUGUGCUGAUUUGUGUUCUUGUACAAACAAUGGGACCUGUAACCCCACUGAUGGCUCUUGCCAAUGUUUCCCAGGAUGGAUCAGCAAAGAUUGCUCCCAGACUUGCCCGGUUGGAUUUUGGGGGGCCGAUUGUUUUCAUUCGUGCAGUUGUCACAAUGGUGGGACCUGCAGCCCCCACAACGGAGAAUGCAGAUGCACCCCUGGCUGGACCGGUCCCUACUGUUCCCAGAGAUGUCCAGCUGCCUUUUACGGAAAGAACUGUGCCAGCGUCUGCCAGUGCCAGAACGGGGCCGACUGCGACCACGUCACCGGGCAGUGCACCUGCAGAACUGGGUUCACAGGAAAACAGUGCGAGCAAAAGUGUCCACAAGGAACGUUUGGUUACGGUUGCCAGCAGCUCUGCGAAUGCAUGAAUAAUGCCACCUGUGACUAUGUUACAGGUACCUGUUACUGCAGCCCCGGGUUCAAAGGAAUCAGGUGUGAUCAAGCGGCUCUCAUGAUGGAAGAAUUAAAUCCCUAUACUAAAAUUAGCCCAGCUCUUGGAUCUGAGAGGCAUUCAGUGGGAGCAAUCUCUGGAAUUAUUAUCCUCCUGCUAAUUAUUAUGGUUUUGCUGGCACUGUUUGUGUGGUAUCGACGUAAGCAGAAGAAGGGGCACGACAUGCCGAGCGUCUCGUACACCCCAGCCAUGCGGAUGACCAACACCGAUUACUCACUCUCCGACUACGUGAAGGAAUCCGCCCACAGCUCCAGCUCCUCUUCCCUCAACAGCAGCGAAAACCCCUACGCCACCAUCAGAGACCCCCCCAUCCUGACCCGCAAACCGCCUGAGAACAGCUAUGUGGAAAUGAAGUCUCCUGCCCACCGGGACGCGUCGUAUUUGGACAUGCCAACCUCUUCGCCCGCUCACAAAAACAUAUACGACGUUGAGCCCACGGUCAGUGUGGUCCAAGAGAUCCGUAUCCGCAAUGCUGGUUACAUCCAAAAUCCAUACGAUUUGCCCAGGAACAGCCACAUCCCCAGCCACUACGACAUUGUCCCGAUAAGACACAGCCCAACUCAUGGGACACUCUGGGAUAAACCAUCUUAAAGGGCCAAGACACCCUGACGUCCCAACCCCAACCAUGUGCCAUAUGAGCAUUUUUUUCGGACACAACGAAGAUGACAAUCUUUUCUGUUUUAUCCUGCUGUAUAUGGGAGGAAAAGAAUACAACACAAAGAACCUUUGGGGACAAUUGUUGGGGCCCACUUGCUUCUGCAUGAAACUCUUUAUUUGACAAAAUAAUUUUAUACAGAUUGCAGGAAAAUCAAGAAAGCUCCUAUCUGUACAACAGCAGAAAGAAGACACCAGAAAGCCAUUUAUCUCCAAGUUCAACAAUGGACCGUGUGCAUUCCUUGAUUUGUUUUUGCUUUAAAAAAAAUGAAGGGGGAGGGAGGUGAGAAAAACCCCUUGCUGCAAGUUCUUAUAGCUGUAUCUGUAUUAUAUUAUUGCCCGCUUAAAGAAUUCUUUUCUAAAAAAAAAAAAAAAAAGACACGAGCUUCAAAUAGAUUUUGGGAUAAGUUGUGAAGCCUCCUGUGUGGUCAAGGAAGUACUUCUUCAAAGAACCCAGAGAUAAGGUGCUUUAGAAAAUUGCUGCCACCAUAGCCAGGUGUUAUUUCAUUCCACAAUGUAUUACUCCAAGUGAAAUGGAAUGAAGAAUCCAAAGUUUUCCAUGGCUGCAACAACUUCAGAAAUUCUUCUUGGUCUACAGAGUUUAUAGAAGGGUAAGUUCAUAAGAGCUUGCUCUACUGAGCAUGACUUCUGUCUGCUCCUUGCCCACCCCAUGCAUCCAUUGGUCCACCUUUAGGAGCUGGUCUCCAUCCAUCCAUCUUCGAGAGAUGUGAUUGAACAACACUAAUCUACAACUGAGUCUAUGCCCAUCUAUUCUCAGGUGGCAUUGGCAGUGUGGAUUAUGACAAUCUCGAAGUGCUUGUUUUAUCUUGCAGUGAAAUGAAUAUGAGAUUGGCUGGACAGAGCGAAAGCACAGGAGUCAGAGUACAGCCAGGGACUCCUAAUUGCACUUCUGGGUACUUCUGCUGACAAAGAUGGAGUGCUUGUGAUGCACCAAGGAUUAUGUACAUAAAUAAUGCUCAAGAACGGCCUUAUCCAAACAAGCAUGACAGCUGUCUAAACCUGAGUUGGACACUGGUAGCAUCCUUUUUCAAGCUAGUGUACUCCAGCAGAGAUGGACUACAAUACCCUUCCUUGAUCUUGGUGUCCUCCAGAUGUGUAACUUCCAUUCCCAGAAUUCUCAGCAACAGUCAUGUUGGCCAAAGAAUUAUGGGAAUUCCAUCCAUCCAUACAAACGGCUUCCAAGUAAGGGAAGGCUGGAUUUCAUCAUCACCCCCAGUCAGUAUGACUAACGUCCAUGCUAGGUGGAGAUGAUGGAAGCUGAAAUCCAACACAGGUGGAAAACACAGACAAGGAAGAGUAGUCUACAGACCAACCAAUGAUCUUUCAGGGCUUCAAGCAGAGAUCUUUCCCAACCUUUCCUGAAGAUGCCAAGUGUAGAACUUGAGAACUUGUGCAUGUAAAUCAGAUUUCUAUAACUGAGCUAUGCCUUUCCCUCAAACCAUUCUAUUAUAACAAAAUCAACUACACACCAUUUCCGGAAGAUUGCUUCUGUAUCAUAGGUACAUUCUAUCUGUAAUCACUGUUAGAUUGCAGUUGUACUUCAGCUUGGCUAUACGCUCAUGAUUUGCGUGUAGAUCUUCUUGGAUAUGAUCUAAUGUUGAUAUUGUAUAAUAUUUUUAUCCAGCAAGUGCUAAUGUAGCGAAAAGGCUGCCUUUCACCAAGAAAUGUCCAUUUACCAUUAAGGCACAAUUGAGUGGAAUUUGUAAGAGAAAGGAAAAUGAAAGAAUGGCUUGCGAAAACAUGACAGAAGGUAUAAGACCUGCUGUCCGGAAUGCCUUUGCAUCUGAUCAGGUUCUUAAAGUAGGUUUCAUUCAUAGCUACUGAUGGCUCUAUUAUCCAGGUUGAUAGGCUGAGGAUGUUAUUUAAAUCAGAAAUAAAUUGGAUAACACAAUGCAGCUACUGAAUGUAUUAUCAGCAUCAUGAAGCAGGGGUCAAUGAACUUUUUCAGGUGGGGGGCACCUUUAUCACCUUUCAUGUGAUGAUAUCCAAAAUAUUACUUACUAGAUCUUCUGCAUUCUUGUCGAAAUCUCAUGAGAUCUCAUGCGAGAAUACAGGGAUCUUGCUAGAUUUGGUGAUUGUGCAAGAUAUAGAAGAUAUACUUAAAUGGAUCAGUGGGCCUGUUGCAAACCCCAGAUGGAUAGUCCACUGCAUAUAUAGUGGCAAGAUAAUAGCUGUGAAUGUAAGAAGUGGAUAUUUGCCAGCCAGAGUUGCUACCGCUAGCAUAGACUAGCCUGUUAUCUCCAGAUGUGGGUCUACAACUUCCAGAUUUGGGGCAUAGCACUGGGGAGAGCUGAGUGUUGAAAAUUCUGGGCUUGAUGACCCAGAGAUCUCUGAUUCGGUUGAAGGUGGCUUCCUCAGCUCCCUGAAAAAGUUAUGACCAGAGAGUCAUAGAACUGUGGAGCUGGGAGGGACCACAAGAAUCAUCUGGUCCAACCCUUGCUCCCUAUUUUUGUGGAAACAGCUGUUUUGACCUUCCCCGAACAUGAUGACAAGCCAGGUCAUUCAAGGAGAGGCAUAGACCCCAACUUUUUUUCAUCAAAAAGCAAAAGGGCGGGAGGCAAAGAGUGGCACAUUCCAGGCAAGAGAUGCUCUCAGAUUGGCUGGAAGACCUCUGGCCUAGGGAACCUGCAAGGCCAUUGAGGGGAAGAAUGGGGUUGUUUGCUUUUCUCAUCAAGUGGACUCGUCCCCACUGAGUGUCCAUCUGGAGAGACAAGAGAGUCAUCCUCAGAGCCCAGCAUUGGAUUUCUGCGCUGGUUGGUGACAGGUAUUAGAACAUUGUAGAAGGACAGCCAUGUUAAUCUAUGGUAGCAAAACAAUCAGGAGGAGUCUGGUAGCACCUUUUCCAGCUGACAAAUUUUAUUCCAAGGCAUAAGCUUCAUGAGCUCAUGAAGCUUAUGCCUUGGAAUAAAAUUUGUAGGCCGGAAAAGAUACCGCCAAGAUUCUCCUCCAGGUCUUGGAAGUUUCAACCAAGUUCAGCUUGCUAGUGAUGUUAUGGUAACCGCACUGGUAGGACAGGUAGGGAAUCAAGCAAGUGGCUCUGGCUGUGCAAGUUUAGCAAAAGAAGACACCUUCCACAGACUGCUCGCUUUGGGCUGACUGUAGUGGAGUUUUAGUCCAGACAGGUGUCAUCUCCACUAGGUAGACCAGACCAGGAAAUCAACUCUGUGGGAAGGCUAGAACUAUUUUUA